AGGAUGAGUUCUUGCAGCAACAUCUGUGGGUCCAAGCAGGUACAGGCAGCUACUGAGGGCGGGUACCAGCGCUACGGAGUCCGGUCCUAUCUGCAUCAAUUCUAUGAGGACUGCACCACCUCAAUCUGGGAGUAUGAGGAUGAUUUCCAGAUCCAGAGAUCACCUAAUAGGUGGAGCUCAGCAUUCUGGAAGGUCGGACUCAUCUCCGGCACAGUCUUCGUGGUUCUCGGACUGACUGUCCUGGCGGUGGGCUUUCUGGUGCCCCCCAAAAUCGAAGCGUUUGGCGAAGCCGACUUCGUGGUGGUGGACGCGCAGGCCAUGCAAUUUAACGGGGCCCUCGACGCGUGCAAGCUGGCCGGAGCCGUUCUCUUCUGCCUCGGGGGCAUGUCCAUGGCAGGGUGCCUGCUGACGUCCGUGUUUGUGAAAAGCUACUCCAAAGAGGAAAAGCUUCUUCAGCAGAAGUUUAAAGAGCGCAUCGCCGACAUCAAGGUCCACAGCCAGCCCGUUACAAAAGCCCCGGGCCCGGGGGAAACAAAGAUUCCCGUCACUCUGUCUAGGGUGCAGAAUGUCCAGCCUGUUUCGGCAACCUGAGACACCUCCCACCCCAGUCCCCCCUCUCUGAUCACAUGCAGUGUUAACAAGGAGCAGGGCCAGGUUUGGAGAGGACAGGGCUUGGGCUUUGGCUGGCCCCAGCCCGGGGCUCGUCUGCGGGCAGAGCGGUGCGGGAGCUCACAUCGGCUGGGCUUGGGGUCUUGGGAGGAGGUGACGUCCCUGGAGACCUGUGCGUAGGCACCACGCUGCUUCAGGGGGGCUCGUGCCCCCAUGGGGCACCCUCGGGAGCUCCCCUCUCAAAUAUCGUGACUGUCAUUCCCCCGCGUUCCUGGAGAGCGCCCAGCAGUUUAGACCAGGUGACCAGUGGCUAACGUGGUGUGUUUUAUUUUCUAAUGUCGGUUUCCUGAUUUUUCUUGUGUGGUGCUGUGUCUGUUCCUGUCUCACUACGUGUAAGGUAUUGUCAUGUGUGUUCAUAGAAAAGUCGAGUUCCUUGAUAUUGACCCAAACGUUCGUCUUCUAACUUUCUCUUCACAUGAGGUUGCUGAGAAUGGGUACAAAUUUAUCGGAGUUCUCCACCAAUUUUUUUUUUUU